UUUAGGUAAAUGUCAAAAUAAAGACUAACGUAUGAAGACCAUCUAGAAUAGGUUGCUUUACGUUCCGAGGCUCAACUAUAAAAUACCUCCUACGAGGGUCAAUUUCUAGUGUGACGUAUAUACGCACCUGGCACCCUGGGUACUUAGCCUAUGUACCUUGUAAGGCGGCCUGUGGGGCUACAUGCAUAUCGAUAAGCUCAGCUGAUCGCGAAUACCAAAGGAUUCGUUAACAUCGCCUUGUUUGGCUUCUUUGUCAUACUCCAUUACUUAUUUCAACAACCUUUUCAUCACGAAAGAUCACUUCCCAAUAAUCGACCAGCACCAGACGACCAUGGAAAAUAGCGCGAGCGCUUCCACAGCGCUCGUCCGAAAAAGAAAUGACCUGGAGUUGAUGCCCCCUCCGCCACCCCCGAAGCGGAUCAAGAGACCAAAGAAAGUUAUCGACGAGGAUAGCUACACCGAUGCGCUAUCGCAAAUUAUCGCCCGGGACUUCUUUCCUGGGCUCUUAGAGAGCGAAACACAACAGGAGUACUUAGAUGCAAUAGAGUCUAAGGAUGCAGCAUGGAUCUCAAGCGCAAGCCGACGUCUUCAGCAAGUCAUGACUCCGGGACGUCGCAAUACGAGAAGAGGAACAUCAUUGGCCCCGGGCGCGCAAACUCCUAGAAGCUUUGUAGGUGAUACGCCGGUAUCGGUGGCUUCAGAAUCUACUGUGUCUAGCUUGAAGGGGAAGGACGAUAUCGAUACGAAUAUGAGUCUAGGAGCCUUCCAGGCCAAAUAUACGAGUGAGGAUAACGAGAGCUUUUACAAACUCCUCGAUAAGCAAAACUCAAAGAAGGCCGAAAAGUAUGCGUGGCUAUGGACGGGAAACAAGCUGCCUUCUAAGAUGCAGCUGAAACAAAAACAAAUCGAAGCAAAAUUAGCCGAGUCGCGGAGUUUGACGGACGAUGGGUUCAAGAGGGAUCGUUUAGCUAUCAAGGAUCGAGAGGAAAGACCUGCGCAGCCGGAUACGUGGAAGUCGUUGCCGAAUAAUUCGUUGAUGUUUAUCCCUGAGAGUGUAGAGGAUUCCAUGGAGACUAGGGUACAACGAGCAGAGACCGAAUCUCGAGCCGCCCCGAAGGGUGUCAACUACGAGAAUACCAGAUUGCCAGGGUUGAAAGUUAGCGACGACGAAUCGGUACCAUCUUCUCCAUCGCUCUCCGCGAUCCGAGACGCUAUUGCGGGAAGACGAGGAAUGAGCGAGCUAGACUCGACUACUGUGGGAAGCGAAACACCGAGGGUGAACGGGUAUGCAUUUGUGGACGACGAAGAGCCAGAAUACGAACCGCCCGUGGCACCGAAGAUCGAUCUUGGUCCCGGCGAUUCAACACCAAAUCCCUUUAUCAUCAAGGAGCAGAGCAAACGAGAGGCCCUUCACCAUCGUAUGGUCGACCGGAUCUCACAGUCCAAGAGAACGUCUUCCAAGAUCGGCUUGACUGGGAAAGUUGAGAAGACACCUGUUCCGAAAUUCCCAAGCAGUCCUCGUGUCACGGGUGGGUUGACGCCGGCAGCGCAACGGCUCUGGAGUCAGAUUGGAGGAAGUAGUGGUGCUACCCCUCGAACGCCUUUUGGAGGCCAAGGGACUCCAAUGAGAGGAAGAAGCUCCAAGUUGAAGCAGGUGCUGAAAUAGCGCACAUACGAGUAAACACGAAUUAUGAUAGAAUUAUGAUACCCCAAAUAGAGAAUAAUACGCAUUAUACAUAAUAGACUAGGUUAACUAUAUGUUAGUUAUCAAUAUUAAAAAC